AUGAACACAUAUAAUGUGGACAUAAACAUCAUAAACCGUGAAGAAGCUUCAUUUACAGAUUAUAAGUUGAACCCAGCUAUACCACCCGAAGGUCCUACUACCAAAUCCAAUAUGGGGGAGGAUAGGUCUUCAGACAUCCCGGGGAACUUAUCUAAUAAGGACUCAAAUGUCAAUAUGGGUAUCUUACAACAAACUAUCACUACUUUUUUCUCUUCUCAAUCCAUAGAACCUAAGAUGAAUGAUGAAGAGGAAGAGCGAGUUGAUUUAUUUGGUAUAAAGUUUGAUUCUAAGGAAGAAAAUGUUGAAGAUCAAGCUAUUAUGUUUGGGAUGCAGUAUAAGAUACUUAAUUUGAAGCUCGACACUAUUUUGCAAUUUAUAAAUGAUAUUGUUGGUUUGUCUUCUUCUGUAAGCAAAGACGAUGUUGAACUUUUGCUGAAUCUUAAGAUUCCAAGACGAAGCUUUUAG